UUUGGAUUUUAACCAUGCAUAUUUAUGUCAAGUAAUAAUGCUUACCAGCUGGAUCUAGACGGUUGUGGAGGUUUUCAGACCCCACAUGUCCAAUCAUCCUAUUCCCCACACCCCUUUGCCUUUUAUUUUCAUGUAAGAAGUUGUAGUAGAUUCCAAACUUCUUUUUUAUUCCACUUCCUUUUUAUUUUCUUUCAUUAAUCUCUCUUUUUUUUUUUCCCACUUUGAUUAAUUUUUUUUUCUUAAUUUGAACAAAUUUCCAGCAGCUGUACAUCACUGUCUGAGAUUCUAUAAAAUCCCAUCAACCUGCAUUGUGUAACCUCCCCCUUUCUCCUCCAUUUUCUUCUUCUUUCACCCCCACUCUUUCAGCAUCACUCUGCUCCUUUAAAAACCCUCCCAUUUUCUGCCCAAAAUCCUUCAUCCCCCCAAAUCUCUCUAGUUUCUUGUUUGAAGCUCUUGAUGAUCUAAAAAAACCUUCCAGUUCUUUUGGGUUUUUUAAUCUGGGUAAUCUUAAAUGCCCAAUUUAUUGUUCCUGAUCUUUGAAAUUCAUGUCUGCAAUUCUCAGUGAGCUCUUCCUUUCCGGGUUUAUGAUAAAUUCCACAUAUCGGCGCAGGACCCAUCUAGUUCAAUCUUUCUCAGUUGUCUUCCUUUACUGGUUUUAUUACAUUUCAUGAUUUUGAUCCCAACCCUUAUUAUCAAUUAAUUACUACUACUACUAGGAAGCGAUAUUUAUAUAUUUUUUAAAAAAUACUUAUAUUAUAGCUUUCUCUGUUUUUGUUCUAGAAAAAAAUAUUACUAAGUUCAGUACUAUACCCCCCAAAAAAAAACAGAGCAUAAAAUUAGUGUACUUUUUUUUUCUAGUUGGGAGUGUUUUAAUAAGAAAGAAGACGAACUAUUUGGGUCCUGCUAAUUUUGCCGAUAUUUUUGGUGUGAAAUUUAUCAAUGGCUUCGCCGAGUGGGAGUGGAACAUCAUCCGGGUCAUCCGGGUUGAUGAACUCGGGUGGAUCAUCGGAGGAAGAUCUGCAGCAGCUGAUGGAUCAGAGGAAGAGGAAGAGGAUGAUAUCGAACCGGGAAUCGGCGAGGAGAUCCAGGAUGAGGAAACAGAAGCACUUGGAUGAUUUGAUGGCCCAAGUGAGUCAACUCAGGAAGGAAAACAACCAGAUUAUCACCAGCAUCAAUGUCACCACCCAACAGUAUCUGAAUGUUGAAGCCGAAAACUCUGUUCUGAGGGCUCAGGUGGCCGAGCUCUGCCACAGAUUACAGUCCCUCAAUGAGAUUAUCGAUUUCUUGAAUGCCAAUCAUGGUGGUUUGGGCUUGGAAAAUGAUCAGCCGCCGCCGCCGCCGUAUAAUCAUCAUUUCAAUGUCGAAUCUGCCGGGGAAAUCGCUGGCGGCGCCGGGUUUAUGAUGAACCAUAUUCCUUGGAAUCAUCAUCAGCUUUAUCAUCAUCAUCAGCCUGCUGCGCUUAUGGCGGCUUCAGCUGAUAUUUUGCACUACUGAAAUGAAAUGAAACCAAACUCCAAAGUGGCAUCCGUAAUUUUGGUUUGUGGACUGUUAAGAAAGGAAAAUAUCUUUUAUUGGUAGGAUCCAAAAUUAAAUUUAUUAUUAGGCUAUCUUGAAGAGCAGCAAAUUAGUAGUAUGAAAUAAGCAAAAUUAAAGAGAGGGAUCUGUCAACUUUGGUUUUCCUAAUGAAUUGCAUAAAAAAUGCUCGGGUUUAUCUUAGCUCCGGGGGAUUACCUCCGGCCGGUAGCUUAUGACUGGGAGGUGGCUCAGGAACUUUAUGUUAGACAAAAAGAAAAAAAAUCAAUGAUCUCUCUCUUAUCUUUAUAUAUGGUGAUUAUUGUUAAGCUGUUAGUUUAUUAAUGUUGCUUUUAAUUUAUUGAAGUUUUAAUUAACCAGAAGUUCCAAGACAAUAUUCUAUAGCUACCUGCACGCAAAAUUUGUUUUUGUGUAUCCAAAGUGUGAUCUCUCCGAUCCUCAAUUAGUUCUUCAGCAAUCAACUGAACUUCAUCACACAUUUAUUAAGGGCGGAAGAUAUUUUAUUCUCAGCGUAAUAAUUCAAUAAAAUGAUUUUUAUUUUGCAAGCAAUUUAUUGUACGAUGUUGUUACGGUAAUAAUUUUUGUGUGACGUGUACAAAAACUCGACGUCCAUUACUUAAAAAUUUCUUCAUAUCAAAAUUCAAAUCAUCAAAGAUGGAGUUGGAGUUGUUGGAUAAAUUUAAUUGAGUAUGUUUGGCUGCCUGUACUAUUUUCAUUUUUU